CCCUGCUCACCGUUCCUCUUCAUGCGCCUGCGCUCUCUGGAAUAAUGAGUCGGUUUGGCUUCUAUUUUAUUUUCCUCUUCUUGCUCUACAAAAGCCCGAGUUUGAUCCUCGUCGUGUGUUUCGCCAUUUACGUUUACAUUCAUUACAGAACGCGAUAAAAAAAAAAUAGAUACAAAUUUGAUAAUAGCUCGUGAUCUCCUCCAUUACAAGACGGCGGAUGCGUAACGUUAUCGCCGCGGUUUCUUUUCAGUUUACAAACACGUCAUGAGAUAUCUCGUCCUUGUCACCGCAGCUCUUGUCUGGCGUCAGUCAGAUAUGGACUGUGCUGUUCCCGUCCCGGAGGUCGUCCCGAAUAACACAACCAAAACACCGGAACGUGGGUAGCGGUUACGUUACCGAGCCGCGAUAAGACGCAGGAGAUGCUUGAUGAGAGCCCGUUAUAAAUACACAGAUAGAGGAUGUCUGCAAACGAGCGUUCAACGGGCACAGAGAGGGACUCAGCAGGACAGCAGAAUGAACUGGUUAUGGCAGAACUGGAAAGUCUGAGAGGAGGAGGAGGAUUGAACUUUGGUCCACCAGGCAUAAAUGGAGAUGAAGAAGAGGAGGAAGACUCACCUACAGUAAACUUACAUGUCACAGUCACACUGGCAGAGCAGUAUAUACUUGCAUCAGUCAGAUGCACACUCCUGUAUUUUUUGUAUUACCAGGUUUUACUGAGUGUUUUAGCCCAGCAUGGACAGAUGGGCCUCUGCUUCUAUGACAGUAAGGACUCCUCUUUACACUUUAUGAGAGACACUCCUGACAACUACGACCUCCACCUGCUGGCCAGAGUCCUCCAGGAGGUCAGUCCCCAGGUCAUAAUUACUAGUGCAAAGCAGGAGCGCUGCAUGACACGCUUCCUGCAACAACUUGGUUCAAACCCAGACUACAAACCAGAGGUUGUUACUUAUCCAUAUGUGGACUUUGGUAUGGAGGUCGGUAAGCAGAGGUUGCUUUCAGCCCAUCUGCCUUUCCUUCCUGCCUCCAUUUCAGAGAGAGACAAAAUGUCCUACCUCUCCUCCUGUAUCUCCUUUGACUCACACCUGAUGCUGAGGGCAGUGGGCGCUCUGCUGAAAUGUCUGGACAGGAGGAGAGUGGGAGUGGAGCUGGAAGACAGCAGUGUUGGAGUUCCUAUCCUACAGUUCAACGCCUACACGCUUAAAGGUGUUGUUUGCAUUGACCCGGAUACCUACAGUGUUCUGCAGAUCUUCAAAUCAGAACUCCACCCAUCAGUGUACAAGCUGCAUUCUGGGGAAAAGGAAGGACUCAGUCUUUAUGGGAUCCUGAACCGCUGCAGGUGCAAGUUUGGCUCCAAACUGCUACGCCAGUGGUUUCUGCGGCCAACACAGGACCUGGCCGUGUUACACAGGAGACAGGAAGUGAUGCGUUUCUUUACGUCACCUCGGAACUCCGACGCCCUGAGCACCCUGCAGUCGUCGCUACGCAACAUCAGUAACAUACCAACUCUUCUGCGCAGGAUGUCUCUCUCUCACACUAAAGUGUCCGACUGGCAGAGUCUCUACAAGACGGUGUACAAUGUGGUGUGUAUCAGGGACACGGUGCGACACCUGCCUCAGUCCAUCCAUCUCUUUCGUGAUAUCAGUGAAGGCUUCUCUGAUGACCUCCACCACGUUGCCUCCCUCAUCAGCCGAGUUGUGGAUUUUGAAACCAGCAUAGCUGAGAACCGCUUCACCAUCAAACCGAACGUAGACCCAGCAAUCGAUGAGAAGAAGAGAAGGAUGAUGGGGUUGUCUGACUUCCUGACAGAUGUUGCCAGAAGAGAGCUGGAACACCUGGACGCUCGCAUUCCCUCCUGCUGCGUCAUCUACAUCCCUCUGAUUGGAUUCCUGCUCUCUGUCCCUCGCCUGCCCAGCAUGGUGGAGAAAGAGGAUUUUGAGAUAGAGGGGCUUGAUUUUAUGUUUCUGUCAGAGGACCGUCUGCACUACCGCAGCCAGAGAACCAAGGAGCUGGACGACCUCUUAGGAGACUUGCACUGUGUCAUUAGAGAUAUGGAGACGGCAGUGAUGACACAGUUGCAGAGCGCAAUCCUUGAGAGGAGCGCCUCGCUCUACAAGGUUCUGGAUCUCACUGCCGAGCUGGACUGUCUGAUGGCCAUGAGCGCCGCCUCCCAAGAGUACGGCUACACCUCACCCAAACUGGCCAGCCACAGAAAGAUAACAGUUACACAGGGCAGACACCCGCUGUUAGAGCUGUGCUCUCCUGUGUUUGUGGCCAACUCCUUCCAGAGCUCAGAGUCGCAGGGCAGAGUCAAGAUCAUCACCGGGCCCAACUCGUCUGGCAAGAGCAUCUACCUCAAACAGGUGGGUCUGAUCGUGUUCAUGGCUCUGAUUGGCUCAGACGUGCCUGCAAAGGAGGCAGAGAUCGGUCUGGUGGACGGGAUGUUCACCCGCAUGCAGAGCAGAGAGUCUGUGUCUGUUGGCCUCAGCACCUUCAUGAUUGACCUCAACCAGAUGGCCCAGGCUCUCAACAGCAGUACGGGCAACUCUUUGGUUCUCAUCGAUGAAUUUGGAAAGGGAACUAACACAGUGGACGGACUCUCUUUGUUGGCUGCCUCGAUGUCUCAUUGGCUGAGAAAACCUCCGGUGGAUGUUCCUCAUGUGCUGUUGGCUACUAACUUCCACAGUUUGCUGCAGCUGGCCCUGCUGCCCUCCUCUGGCCUGCUGUCUCUUCUGACUCUAGAGACAGCAGUGGACGGGGAUGAGUUGGUGUUUCUGUACCAACUGAAGGAAGGAAUCUGCCAGUCCAGCUAUGCUGCCAACAUCGCUACACUGGCAGGCCUGCCAACUAGCCUCGUGCAGAGAGGAGUGGAGGUCUCUGAACUGUACAGGACGGGCAGGCUUAUCAAGCGUAUCGACAAAGCAUCGUCGGAUGAGCAAGCGAACCGGUGCAGGUCUUUGGUGGAGGCGUUCCUGAGCCUCGACCUGGAGGACACAGAGUUGGACCUUCAGCACUUCAUGAAGGAGGAGCUCCUGCCCUCUGCUGGGGAGCUGCUGAACCGCAGCUGAACUGUUCUGCUGCAACCGCAAACAUGUUUCUGCAGCUCUGUGGUCAGUUUGUUCGUUCACUGUUGACGGUUUUCAGCUAGUUUUGGGAGAGAGCUAACUGAUGCUCCACCUCUACAUACAUGACAAGAAUUAUAUUACAGUCUAACAUUUAUUCUACUGCAUGGGUUUUUCGGUUGAAGUACCACGUUAAAUAUGGUACAAACAGAUGUUCUCUUUGGUUGGAUUCAAGUCUUUCUAAAAUAAUUAGUUGAUGCCAAAGAAGUAUUUUCUAGUUAUGUAAACAAAAUUGUGUAAAGCUUUUGACAACAUAAAUAAAAGCGGCUUGUUUACUGUGAUCCUGUUGAGGCUUCAGAGAGGUACCAGGUAGUCAGCACAGCCACGGUCAGAUAUAAAAGUGUGGCGGUUGGAAGUUUGUGCGCCGAGUUGCAGAAGGAAGUGUCGCAGCAGUAUUUGGUCAUGACAAAGAUGGUGUUGUUAGAGAAUAGCUCCACGGUGGUCUCCAGAUCACACUCGUAUGCCUUCACACAUCCCAAAGUCUUAACGUCCAGAGUGUCCGCUGUGAAGACAAGACGGUGGUUGUCAGUUCAACAUCUCUCGCCACAUUUCCCCCACUGUGGGGCUAAUAAAGGAUCAUCUCAUCCAACACACCUGCCUUCCCUCGGCCCGUGUAGCAGCGCUCGCCGACGCUGCACUUGGUUUCGGUGGUGUAGCAGGUAUCCCAGAAGCCCAGGUCACAACGGAAACACUCCAGCAACUUCUCAUCCUCCUCAAAUCCCACUGACUCCAUGAGCUGCUUUAGCUGCUCCUCUUCCUCACCUGAGUCGAAGAAACAGCACAGAAACAGGACAGUUUGAUACAGCAGUUAAGUUUUAACGGCAUGAAUCUGGACAGAACAUAUGUUGCCAAAUGAGAAAACCACAACAAGAUAAUUGUUUAAUUGUUGUUUUGCAAGAAACACCCAAGAUUGCAGAAUACUCACUUAUUAACGGUUUAAUGGAUGAACAGCUUUGAAUUAUUCAGAUUUCGAGGCAUUUACGUAAUGUGUUGUUGGACACAUUAAUUAUUCAGGGGGUGCUGAAUGUGUGAAAGUGUUGGAGCGCUGUUGAAGGACAUCAAGCCAAACUGAUGAGCCACAUUCUGCCGAAUACCCUGAGAAUCUCCGAAAUAUUUUGUUUAUUCUGCAGCAGUCUGGAAUGCGUUCCUUUGAGUGGAUGACUUGUGUUUUUCAGGGGCAGGGUCCAUCUCUUAGGGCUGCAUCGUGUUUUUAUUAACCAGACAGAUACUGGAGUUAAUAGAAAGAGUUGGCAGCAGAACGUCGUGCGGGGAGUGGGACAAACCCUUCUUAUUCCUAGCACAAUGUACUGCACAAGCCCUCACAGCAACAUCACCUGUGUCGCACGUUGACGCUUGAAAAUGCAAGGAGGCUUCUUCCUACAAUUAAUAAUUCAGUGGCAGUGUGAAAUAUGUGACAACGCACAAAAAGUUUUCUAACUGUUUAUCAAAUGUAACUGGAAAAACCCCCUUUUUCAAGCUCACGCUCUGCCGGUUUAUGUUCAAAUAACUGUGGAGACAGCAUAUUUGGACACUAAAACGUGAUUAUCCUCGUAGUUUUUGAUGUCACAGCAUCUCUCUGAGGCGUUUAGCUUUGGAGCUUUUGAGAGCACAGCUAGUUGCCAUAUUGGCUGGCCUCAGUGCUCCAGGAAAAAGGCUAAUCUCCUUCUCGGGGCCUUAAGAUGAGUUUCAGUCAGACCACCAAUCCUUAUCCCCUCUCAUCUUGUUAGCUAAUGCUAGCUCAGGUGGACGAGCAGAUGAAAGAGUAAGUUGGGUUCAUUAUGAGGAGAGCUUACACUUCCUAAAUCUGCACUCAGUUGCCAGUUUAUCUAACCAUUGCAGUCUAAUGCAACCCCCCUGCAGUAAAUCAUACCCCCGUGAUCAUGUUUUUCGUGCUCAGUUCUUGCUGACAGAGGUUUAUAUUGAAAAGCAUAUGUACAUUUUGGAGAAUAAAGUUGGUGGUGCUGUUGAACUGUGUUUAUAUAUUUCCUUCACCACAUUUAUGGAGCAGGUGUGUGAGGGUUAGUGGUGCAACGGAUCAUAAAACUCUGAUCACAGAUCGGAUCAGCACAAAAGAUAAAAGGGAGCAAAAAUAACUUUUUUUUACCGCCGUUACUAAUUGACAAUAAUUGGUGACUCGUAUUGGCAGAUAAUGAUCCCUUUGUUGUUUGAUUAAAGCAGCUGGUCUACAAGGCUCCAGACUAUUGUAU